AUGGAGUCUGUCUCAUUUCAACUGAACAAGCACAAGCCGUGGAUCGAGACUUCGUACCACGGCGUGAUCACGGAGAACACGGAGGUGGUGCUGCUGGACCCCCCGCUGGUCGCUCUGGACAAGGACGCACCCGUACCAUACGCAGCUCCCACUGUUGUCGUUGUGUCCCUGGGCAAGACACUUUACCCCACUUUGCCUUUAUCCUCCUCACCCUCUCUUCCUCCUCCUCUCCUCCUGCCCUCCUUGCACCCUCUCUUCCUCCUCCUCUCCUCCUGCCCUCCUUGCACCCUCUCUUCCCCCUCCUCUCCUCCUCACCCUCUCUUCCUCCUCUGCUCCUCCACCUCCCUGUCGGUUGGUCAUUACCUGCCCUCCCUGAGGCCAUGCCACUGCAGCAUCACAUUUGACUCCAGAGAAAAGAGAGUUGUGUAA